GGAGAGACACAAAUGGGGACAAUGAGAAGCACAGACAAACCAGUGGAGAUAAACAAGAACCACAAUGUAUGAUCAAGGAGGAGCGUGAUUGUUGUUUAAUUAUAAACAAACAUAUAUAUAAUUAAGUAAGUACGUACUUUUAAUUUUUAUAUAAAAAAAACCGAAAGAAAUGAUGGGUGGAUCCAAGAAGAAGAAGGAACAAGUGAUAAAGAGAGCAGCUCGGAAGUUGCUCCAUACUUGCGGCGGCUCUUUCCCAUCUUUCCGGCAAUCUCCCAUACCCACUACCACCACCACCACCACUUUAAUGAAAGAGGAUGCGGAUGAGGGGGUAACAAUUUCUUUUAAUAAUAAUAAUGAUGAUGUUAAUUCUCCUAAACCUAAUCAUCACCCAACAACAGAACCAGCAGAUCUAACUACCACCUCAUCUUCCAAGACCAUGUGUGCUAUAUGUCUGGAAGCUCUGAACUACAGCACAUCAUGCACUGGUCAAGGCCAGGCUAUAUUUACAGCUCAAUGCUCUCAUGCUUUCCAUUUUGAUUGUAUUGCUUCCAAUGUUCGCCAUGGAGGGGUGACCUGCCCUAUUUGCCGUGCACAGUGGACUCACCUGCCUCGUAACUUAAAGAUACCACCUUGCAGUUUCCUUUAUGGCAACCAAAGUGAUGAUCCCAUCCUUCAGAUUCUUGACGACUCCAUUGCCACUUUCCGCGUUCACAGGCGUUCCAUUUUACGGUCAGCACGUUAUGAUGAUGAUGACCCAAUUGAACCCAGUCAUAGUCUCAAUCAUUCUCGUCUUCAUCUCUCCAUUUUAUCCGAGCCUCUAUCUCAUCAAACAACAGGCUAUAGCUCGUCCUCGUUAUCACCGGAACCUUCUUAUGGAGCUAGUCUAUGUGUAAGACUAGCACACCAACCAGCGAUGGAUUUGGUACUAGUCGCUUGCCCAAAUGGGCCCCAUCUUAGGCUUGUAAAGCAGUCAAUGGCGUUAGUUGUUUUUUCACUUCGGCCAGUUGACCGUUUGGCUGUUGUAACCUACUCGUCUGCUGCAGCACGUGUCUUUCCUCUCAGGCGAAUGACAUCAUAUGGGAAAAGAGCAGCACUUCAGGUAAUUGAUAGGUUGUUUUACAUGGGGCAAGCAGAUCCAGUUGAAGGGCUAAAGAAAGGAGUAAAAGUAUUAGGGGACCGAGCCUAUGAAAACCCUCAAUCAUGUAUCCUACACCUUUCAGACAGCCCAACAAGAUCAUAUCUUGGGUUUGACACAGAAGUAGCAGUCCAAAUUCAUCGUUUUCAUGUGGGAUUUAGUUUUGGGAUUUCAAAUGGGUUCGUGAUGCAUGAGUUUGAGGAGUUUUUAGGUAGAGUUUUGGGGGAUAAAAUAAGAGACGUUCAGCUGAGGAUCAGAGAGGAUGGUAGGAUUGUGAGGCUUGGUGAACUUAGAGGCGGGGAAGAAAGGAGAAUCCCGUUAAACAUGACUGAAAAUGGGAAUGUUUGCGUCGAGUAUACCUAUGUGGAGGACGGGGUGAGGGAAUGUAUGAGAACAGGGGAAGUGAUGGUGGGAUCAGGGGAAAAAACGGAGAUUGAUGAUGAUUGUGGCGUAGCAAGUGAAGAUGGAAGGAGUAGUAAUGCUGGAAGCUGGGAUUACCAUGACCCUUACAUGGCUAGAAGAUGGGCUAAACAUUUGCAUGCCUACAGACUAUGAAAACACACUAAAAGGCCCUUGAUUACACAAGUCUAUUAUUGUUUUUUUUUUCCGUCCUCUGUAAUUUGUAGGUAUAGUUGUUCAUUUGUGUAUGUUUUUACUUUUUACCUAAUAGAUACUUUGAGCUGUGAAAAGUCGGACAUUCCUUGUAAAAGAGAAACAUGCACAGCGUUGUGUGAUUGCCGUUCUUGGUUAUACCUAUCUUAGACUUUACUUUUCAGCUUAAUGGGUGGAAGUGGAGGCCUUGUACUUUUUCUAGUUCAAGAAGACUUGUUGCAGUCUUUUCAAAUUUCAA